UCGCCCCUCCGGUUCUAGGUUCUACGGCUGCUGCCGCCCGGCGGCCCCGGCGGCCGCCGGAGCGAUCACGUGCCUAAUACCGAAAUAGCACCAAUAAGAGGUGGCGCUUUGGUUGCGGCGACGAGUUUGCCGCGCACGUUUGAGCCGAAAGAGUUUGACAAGUGACGUUUGCUGGCUGGUUUUUGUGUGCAGUGACAAGAAUACACGUAUCAACAUCCUCGUCAGUCAUAAUUAUACGUCUAGCCAUUGACAGCAAGGCCAGAAAAUGUGACGAGGAAGAAGACAGAUCAAGGUUCGAAGGUUUGAUAACUUUUCGGACGUGUUGUGCUGGGAUGACAGCGACAGCUUGUUUUGGAUUCGAUGGCAAUUCAUAUGUCCUGUUUUUCUUUCUAAUUGUGCCAUCACAUUUGGAAGGGCCAAAUGGCGUGUACGAGAUCUCACUGCCGAGCGUUCGGCACUUCCUGGCGCACUUGCCGUACGGACCUGACAUUCUACGACCGUCUUUUGUGUUGUCCCGGGCACGCACAGGAGUGGAAGUAGUAGUCGGAGUACCAACAGUGAAGCGUCAGAGCAGCUAUCUCGAACGGACACUCCAGAGUCUCGUAUCAGGGCUGGAUUCCAAGGACAAUGCCCUCAUCAUCGUCCUUGUUGCAGAGGUCAUAUGUUACCAUACCAUUUCCACUAGCAUCAUGCAUGAGGCGACCAACUCUAACUUCAUCAUUCACGCGGACAUCAGCUAUGUUUCAAUGGUGGCUGAAGGUAUCAAAGCGCUCCUUCCGGAUCAUGUGGAGUCUGGGCUUCUGGAAAUUGUCUCUCCACCAGCUUGCUUGUAUUCUGACCUGAGCAGACCGGAUCGAACACACAAUGAUCCAGAGCCCAGAUUGAGGUGGCGUUCUAAACAAGCUCUUGACUACGCAUACCUCAUGAUGUAUGCACGGGAAAGGGGGAAGUUCUAUGUCCAGCUUGAAGACGAUGUUCAGGCAAUGGAUGGUUACAUGAAAAAAAUGCUUCACUUUGCGCAUGGACAGCAGACUUGGUUGCUGCUUGAUUUCUGCGCUCUUGGCUUCAUUGGUAAAAUGUUCAAGAAUAGCGACCUGGUUCGUGUGAGUGGCUUCCUGCUCCUUUUUCACAAAGUGAAACCGGUUGACUGGCUGCUCCUCUACUUUGUGCAGACUGUCGUCUGCCAACCAAACCUCGACGAUGCAACUUGCAAAAGGAGAGUAGAGAAAGUGUGGAGACGUUAUUCGCCGUCACUGUUCCAGCAUGUGGGGAUUCAAUCCUCUCUCGAAGGCAAGUACCAGACGAUGAAGGAUGCAUCCUUUAUGGUAGAAAGAGCAGUCACGGCGAAUCCUCCAGCCCAAGUGGAGUCCUUCUCGUCUGCCCGAGAUAUAUACAGCAUUGAAAACGCCUAUGCUGGCACCAAUUUCUUCUGGACCCUGCCACCUAUGAAAGGAGACAACAUCUCUUUCAAAUUCACUCCGCCCAUUACGAUACAAAGCUUCACGUUCCGAAGUGGCAACUCCGAGCAUCCUGACCACAAGUUCACAAACACCACAGUUGAGGUGCUGCCUUUAGCUGCAGCUCAGCGUCCACUAACCCCUGAUGGUUACUACGUGGUGGGGAGGUUCACCGACGGAGUAGCGUCCGGCAGCAUUCCGUGCCAACUGGGCUUAGUGGCCGUUCUUCGACUCAGGGUACACGAGGACUCACACUCUCCUGCUCUCCUCAGUGAGGUAUACAUAGAAGACAAGAAGGAGGACAAAGGAUGUCCACUGGAUCCUACAGUUGCAUGAAGGAUUGUGUUGCACGUUGAAGAACAGUGAUGUACUUCCCUCUGAGAUGACGUUUGUAGAGCAAUGCUGCAUUUUAAUACUGCUUGUCAAACAGAGUAUGAUGCAUAUGACAGACACACCAAUUAAUUCUAAUACAGGUCGCCUGUAUAUGGUAAAAGUUAUAGUUUAAGUAGGUCUAUUUAUCCAAGAAUUAAUUACAGUCACAUGCUUUACAAAAGUGUGGUCAUUCACUUAAAAGCAAAUAAAUAUGCCAUUUCUUCCGGU